AGCUUUGAUAUGAACAGUUGCGAAGCGCCGUGAUGUACACAUACCGGUGAUCUUACGACGCUGAAAAAUGCUGCGGAACCUCAGAUCACGGCGGCGCCCUCGCUAUGGGGUGUAUGUGUGCGCUGCAAUAUCUGCUCUUCUGCUCCUACUCUCCGUCUCACUUCUGUACACCCGCCUCACUCUCUCGCCUGCUGAUACUUACCGACCCCAUCACCGAGGGCACGACGCCAUUUCUGAUUCCCGCCGAAACGGUGGCUUUUCGAUCCAAAACCCACUCCUCUCGGACUCCGACGAUUUCCCCGAUUUCUCCACCGAAGACAAGAUCGACGAGCUCGACACUCCCGGCGAGCAGCUGCAACAAGAGAACGACAAUAGCUUGUUUGAUCUGGAAGAUGAGGGUGACCCAAUUAGCAGUAACAAGGUAUCCUCUUCUGGGUUUUACUUCGAUCACAUUUCUAAUGCCAUUCGCCGUGCCUCCAACAAGCGGUCUAUUGAUGAAUGGGAUGAUGAAUAUGUUGGGUUUAAUGUGGGAUUGGGUGCAGAGGAUAAGAGCAAGGCCGCGCUUGGGUCUGAUGAUGUUCCUGUGGACGAGAAUGUGAGGAGAAAGGUGAUCGAGGUGGAAGGAAUUGAGGAUGCUCUGAUGUUGAAGGUGGGGAAGAGGGAUUCUCCCCUGAGGGAAGGGUGGGGGGAAUGGUUUGACAAAAAAGGUGAUUUCUUGAGGAGGGAUAGGAUGUUCAAGUCCAAUUUGGAGGUGUUGAAUCCAUUGAAUAAUCCAUUGUUGCAGGAUCCUGAUGGGGUUGGGGUCACUACAUUGACUAGAGGGGAUAAGGUGGUCCAGAAAUGGUGGUUGAAUGAGUUCAAGCGUGUUUCCUUUGGUGGUAAGAAGCCUUUGAGUCAUUUGGAGGGGAAUGAGGUAGCUAAGGUAAGAGGAAAUUGGAAUGAGAAACGUGACAUAAGGAGUACAAGGCAUUCUAAAGUGUUGAAGGAAGUGAAUGUUGAAGAAGACAUGAGGGAAAUUGUGUUCAGGAAAGAUGAUAAAAGGGGCACUGAGCGGAGGACUUUGGAUGAGCAUGCAGGUAAUGGCUUGAAGAAUAUGGGGGCAAACAAUGUUGACAAGUAUUUGCGUUUGAGAAGAAUUGGAGGUUUUUCGAAUAAGAGUAAUGGAAUGCAAGAUAAUGAUGUUAGUAUUGACUUAAGCAGUAAGAAAGUAAACAAUGGAGAUCAAAAUUUGAGCGUUAGUAUGGAUGGGAAUACAUCGGAUAAGAGUAGUGGGAUUGAGCUGGUGAGAGAUACAUCAGCUGGUGAGUUGGGACAAAAGGUUAAGUUGGAGAAUGUGGCUUCUAAUGCUCAUCAAGGAAAGUCCGAGUUUACAGGUCACAUAUAUGCAGAUGGGAGGACAUGGGGUUAUUAUCCUGGCCUGCAACCUGACCUUUCUUUUUCUGAUUUUAUGGAGGCAUUUUUUAGAAAGGGCGGGUGUGAUAUGAGGGUCUUUAUGGUGUGGAAUUCCCCACCAUGGAUGCAUAGUGUUCGGCACCAGAGAGGGCUUGAAAGUCUUCUCACCCACCAUCCUGAGGCUUGCGUUGUUGUGUUCUCUGAGACAAUUGAACUUGAUUUUUUCAAAGAAAGCUUUGUGAAGGAUGGUUUCAGAGUUGCAGUUGCUAUGCCAAACCUUGACGAAUUGCUGAGUGAUACCCCUGCACAUGUUUUUGCAUCCGUCUGGUUUGAAUGGAGAAAGACAAAGUUAUAUCCAGUUCACUACAGUGAGCUUGUCCGGUUUGCGGCACUCUACAAAUAUGGUGGUAUCUAUUUGGACUCAGAUAUAAUAGUUCUUAAACCAUUGUCUUCACUAAAUAACACUGUUGGUUUGGAGGAUCAACUUGCUGGAAGUUCUUUAAAUGGUGCCAUAAUGGCAUUUAAAAAACACAGCGCCUUCAUCAUGGAAUGCUUGAAAGAGUUUUACUUGACAUAUGAUGAUGCUCGUAUGAGGUGGAAUGGAGCUGAUCUAUUGACCAGAGUAGCAAAAACAUUUUUGAGCAAAGGAAAUAAAUCCAUUAGAGAGCUGGAAUUGAAAGUGCAACCUUCUUACACAUUCUUCCCGAUUAGUUCUAAGUAUAUCACGAGGUACUUCGUGACACCAACAACUGAAUCCGGAAAAUCUCAGGAGGAUAAUCUAUUCAACAAAAUUCUGAUCGAAUCAUUAACAUUUCAUUUCUGGAACAGCUUGACAUCUUCUCUCAUCCCAGAGCCAGAAAGCCUUGUAGCUAGGCUUAUCAACCACCACUGUAUCCAUUGCUCAGACGUUCUGUGAAAUUUACGAAGUUGUCAGGUGACUCAGGUGUAUCUGAACUUGGUUAAGGUAUGACGAGUAACGACAUCCUCCUAUAUGGAACCAUUCUUUGUUUAGUUCCUGCUCAAGAGUAUAUCAAGCAGAGCUGUUCAAAGUUCAAACCUGAUAAUUAAUUAUCUCCAAACAUGAAACAUGCUUGUUCUUUUUAUUGUAAAGUUUUGUGUUAAACCUGUCAAAGAAAUAGGAUAACAUUGAAAUGUUGGUACCUCAGCAAUUUUGUAUGAAUCAGAUAAGCUUUUUUUUUGCUGUGGUAGUCAGACCGUAAAUGACCUAUUAUUCAAUAGAAAUUCAAAUUAUCAUUU